CGAAGUUUGAAGUUUAUAGGUCGUUACGUGACCUUCAGGUGAACAGCCGCCUCUCUACUGUCUCCGCUUACAGCUUUAUUCGGAAGUUCGAGUCCGACACGUCCAUUCAGGACAUACAUCACCGGUUUUGUAAACCUUCAAAAUUCCAAGUCUUUUUGAAGUCAAACAUGGCUACUAUUUUAGACAAGUUCUCCAGUCCUUUAGAAAAGGCAGAAAUCGCUAUAAAAGAUGAUUGUCGUGAAAAACUACUUGCUUUGGUGCGUCACAGAGAAUGUCUGCUUUCAGGUGAAUCGGUGACGGAAGAAUGUUACGUAAAUCCACAGGUCCGCGAAAAUCUGUUACAUUUUGCUGUUCAUCAGUCGGCUAGUCGAUGCGUCAAUCUUCUCAUUAACCCACCUUUCUGUUGGAAUUCAGAGCGCCCUAACUCUCUUGGUCACAGUCCAUUACAACUGGCUAUGAGGCGACAUUACUUCCCUGUUGUGUAUUCUCUUGCAUCACAUUCUCGUUUGUCUUAUUCUUACGACAAAAAUGCAUUUUCUGUUGACCUUCUUCUGAUUGAACCUUCUUCUAUCGAACUGAUUUCAGAAGUAUUAAAUCACAGUUAUGAUUCUCCGGAUAAAGUUUCUAACUUGGCGUGGCUAUUCGACGCAUGUGAAUUUGAUGAAGGCAAUCGUCGUUGUACUGCAGAAAAUAUUAUCUUGUUGUUUGAACUGCUUUUGUCAGGACCAUCUUGUCCACUUACUCAUUCUCUGUGGUCAGCUAUAAAACAGGUUUCUAUGACUAAUUUUCACGACAUUUCUUGUAUGUCGUACCCAGACUGUUUGUUCAGUAGAAAUAUUCAUAUACGGAGCACAACAUGGCGUAUGUUAGUUACUACAUGGGCAUCACAUCGGUUGCUUAUGCUAGACUUGUCUAGUACAUGUAAUCAUCAACCUGUCUUCGCAUUUGGUCCUCUGAGUCUCUUGGAUCUCUGUCGAAUUGCAAUCAGGAAACACAUUUCACUUCUCAUUGUCAUUUUCAUUUGGGGUAAGAUCCUCAAAUCUUCACCGCGCAUGUCCUCCAAACAUAUAGUGCCUAAUCUGUAGCUGAGGGUUUUCACAACAUAUUGUUUAUGUUAGAAGAGGAAGAAGCUAAAGAAUUGUAUUCAUCGUCCUGUCCAUGUACUUUUCAUAUAUAAAUUUGUCUUAACCGACUUUUUGGUUCGUUUUUGGAAGAAUAACUUCCAGAAAGACUACUUCAUGCUAUGAUUUCUCCUCACAUGUGAAUUUUACGUCUUUGUGCGCUCCAUUGAAUUUGGUGAGCAUUUCGGAUUUAUUCCAGCGUUUUUCGCAAAGAGUGAAUGUAUCAUCCAUAUAUCUGCAGUAAAGUGCAAAAUUUAUAAUUAAUUUGGUUUGGUUUGAGUCCCGAGUCUGAUCUAAUCAUUAUAUAAGUAAUUUUUAAUGUAAUCCCACAACACGAUUUUUCUGAAUAUUUCACUGUGUAUGCGACAGCAUCUUCACCUGAAGAAGAGGGAAAAGCUGUUGAAAAGAAUAUUCUUUGUUCAAUAAACUGUCCUUUGAAUAAUGAUAAAAAUUUUCAAAGAACUCAAACGUUGUGAGAGGAGCCUAUUGCGUUGAAAGCUUUCAAUGAAUUCCACAAGGAUAACGCCAAACUCACUGAAGGAAAGACUACAGUAUAUUUAUAUAAAACUACAUCAAAGCAUAUCAUUAUCUCAUGCUAUCACAAAUGCAUCCCAACAAUUCAACUUAAAAUUGAUAUGCACUUAAGCAAAUCGAGUCUUUUUGCGUAGAUAUACAGGAAACAAAUUAAUGUCUGUUGCCGACAAUAUGCCGUAUAUGAGCUUUCUGAUCUUGUGAGACUUAAUUUCACGGAAUACUUCUCUCAAGUGACCAAAACAAAACAGAGGAAAAACUGGUAUUCAUCUUAUUGAUCACAAGUAGGAUCCACGAUGUACAUUUCGUCCUACUUGGGACUCGUCAGAUGGAUGCACCUUCACUCCAGUGAGUGACGCUAUCCUCACUGAGUAUCGAACCCAGUACUCAUCACUUCAAGCACCAAAUCUUAUCGAACUAGCGAAAGCAGCGGGUAGUCAUACAGUCGGGAGCAAAAUUGUAGCAAACGCCAUCAAGCCUGAGAAAGAAGUUAUUGAAAAAUAUAUUCUUUUUUCAUCGAAAUGUCUGUAGAAUGGGCAUAACUCAGCUGUGAAGUAAAACUAAGGCGCCCACAUCUAAGAUAACAUAGAUUUCGAUAACGUUUUUGAUGGCAAUGAAUAUGAGUUAAAGGACAGUGAUAACUUCAUUGGGCACAAGUCUUUUUAAGCAUCGGAUUAUUGUUACUUUUAUCAAGGGAAGUGCAACAACAAAGUUCAAUCAGCAUAGUCUUCAAUAUUCCACGUUUCUUGGAAUCUUUUACUUCCUUGAAGUUCGUGUAUUUAGCUAUCAUAAACGCUUUCUUAUUUGUGUGCGUCUUGCAACAAGUGUGAAAAUAGCACUGGAUACUUUACCAAGCAUAAUUUCAGCUGAGUACCCCUAGAAAAUUUUCAAAUAGAGCCUUCACAUAGCUGAAAUUACAAUGAGUGAACUGAAGAUUUUUCUGCAUUGCUUCCACGGAUUCGUUAUGUGGGCUAGGAUAAAUAACAAAGUUUAAUUCGACUGAGUUACCCCGACCGAUACCUGCUACCUUGAUGUGGUGGUUGGGCUUGCAUAUCACAAUGACCCAACGAGCUAUGCUGGGGGAACGCUUGUUCCCUCGAGGUCCUACCAUACCAGAAAGGUCUGUUGGAUAGUGGUUAGACGAAAAGCAGUCACCGUUGUGGUGUAAAUUACUAUACUAUGAUGGGGGUCUGAGGGCGAAGUC